AUGAAGGUUGCUGCAGCCCUUCUGUGCCUCCUGCUCACAGUGGCAGUCUUCAACAUCCAGGUGCUGGCUCAGCCAGCUUCUGUUGCGACUAUCUGCUGCUUUAAUCUGAGAAAUAAGAAGAUCUCCAUUCAGCAACUGCACAGCUAUAAAAGAAUCAGCAGCAGCAGAUGUCCCCAGAAAGCUGUGCUCUUCAAGACCAAAAGGGCCAAGGAAAUCUGUGCUGAUCCCAAGAAAAAGUGGGUCCAGAAUGCCAUGAAGUACCUGGAAAAAUCCCAAACUCCAAAGCCAUUAAUAUUCACCUUUUCGAGAUCAAACUAG